UUUGUCACCUUGACGAGUCGCGUCCUUGGCUUGUGUCGGGCGGUGGAUGUUUAACCGGGCGCCGCGGCCUCUCCGGAUUGCGCAAGUCUUCCUGGGAGGUGCGGCGGAGGGGCCACUUGCAUGGCCUGCCCGCCAGGCAGGCUUCCUAUAGGCUGCAGCUCACUUCCAGUGGGGGGGGUCAAAGCGGAGCACCUGCACAGGUCGGCCUAACGCUCCUUUCAGGUCUUCAUCAGAUUCCUUGCAGGAGCAGUGGAGGGAAGAUGGGUGAUGCUGCGUUGAGCAACGGGCUGACGGCCGAUGUGAAGAGCAUGUCACGCCUAAAUGGGGACCUGGCUUCGCCUACUCUCACCAUCGACUCCACUUCAGAGUCCAGAAGCGGGACACGGAGCGGAACCUCGGCUGAAGAACAGGACAGACCCAACCCAGAGCCAAAGGCCAUACCGUUGAGGCCGCAGGUUGUCGCGGCGGCCGCCCUGACUCCGGCAGAGCAGCUGUGGACCACCAGCAGGGACCAGGCGGUCAGGCUGAGGAUGGAGGCCUCGGGGCCCGCGGCGGACACCCCCAUCACCGUGCAUCAAAUGUUCCUGGAGACGGUGGAGAGCUUCGGGAGUCACCCGGCCUUGGCCCACAAGAAGGAUGGCCAGUGGGUGACGCUGACCUGGAGGCAGUACUACGACCAGUGUCGAGCAGCCGCCAAGAGCUUUCUGAAGCUGGGCCUGGAGCGGUACCACGGCGUGGGGAUCCUGGGGUUCAACGCCCCCGAGUGGUUCAUCGCGGACAUGGGUUGCAUCUUCGCCGGGGGCCUGGCAACGGGAAUUUACACUACCAACUCACCCGCAGCUUGCCAGGACGUGGCGGCAAAUUCAGAAGCCAACAUCCUGGUCGUGGAGAACCACAUGCAGCUACAGAAAAUCCUGCAGGUCAAACAUGAGCUGACACAUCUUAAAGCGAUUGUCCAAUAUAAAGGAGAGCUGCAGGAGAGGCUACCAUCCCUCUAUACGUGGGCAGAAUUCAUGAAGCUGGGCCAGGAUAUCCCCGACAAAGACCUGGAUGAUUCCAUCAAUAGUCUUCGAGCUAACGAAUGCUGUACCCUCAUCUAUACGUCAGGAGCCACUGGUCCGCCGAAAGGAGUCAUGCUGAGCCACGACAAUCUCACGUGGACGGCCCAACAAGCAGGACUCAUAGUCGACCUGAAAUAUGCUGAGGAGUCUGUGGUCAGUUAUUUACCGCUCAGCCACGUGGCAGCACAAGUCAACGACAUGUACAUAACCAUGAGGUUUGGUGCCACCACCUAUUUCGCAGAACCCGACGCCCUCAAGGGAUCAUUGGUAACCACAUUAAAAGAGGUGUCUCCUACCUCCUUCCUUGGAGUUCCUCGCAUUUGGGAGAAGAUGGAGGAGAAAAUGAAGGCUGCUGGAGCCAAGGCGUCCCCACUGAAGAAGAGAGCAGCCAACUGGGCCAAGUCCAUCGGACUGCAGUACAACAACAGCGCCAUGCACGGGGAGAAUCGUGUUCCAUGGGGCUUCACACUGGCUAACCAAGUGGUCUUCAAGAAGGUGCAAGCCGCCCUGGGCCUGCAGCGCUGCAGGAUAUUGUUCACAGGCUCGGCCCCCAUCUCCAAAGACACACUGGAGUUUUUCAUGAGCCUCAACAUGCCUUUGAUGGAACUGUACGGCAUGAGCGAAAGCAGCGGUCCGCACACCGUCUCCACACAUUCCGACUACCAGACGGGCAGCUGUGGGAAGGCCAUGCCGGGCUGCAAGGUCAAGCUGGACAAUCAAGACAACAAAGAGAACGGCGAGAUCUGCUUCUGGGGCAGAAACAUCUACAUGGGCUACCUCAACAAGCCUGACAAAACAGCAGAGGCGCUGGACCAAGACGGAUGGCUGCACUCUGGUGACCUGGGAAAGUUUGAGCGAAACUUCCUGUUUAUCACAGGAAGGAAAAAGGAAAUCCUCAUUACUGCAGGAGGCGAGAACGUGGCGCCCGUGCCGAUCGAGAACUCGGUGAAAGCUGAGAUGAACAUCGUCAGCAACGCCAUGCUGAUUGGCGACAGACGCAAGUUCCUGUCCAUGCUGCUCACGCUCAAAUGUGUCGUGAAUGAAAACGGCGAACCGACGGACCAGCUGACCGACGAGGUCAUGGAAUUCUGCCAGCAGAUUGGCGUCAGCGCCACCAGGGUGUCAGAGAUCAUUGACAACAAGGAGCCAGCCGUAUACAAGGCCAUCCAGGAGGGCAUGGAGCGCAUCAACGCCAAGGCCAUAUCCAAUGCCCAGAAGGUCCAAAAGUUUGUCAUCCUGGCAAAAGAUUUCUCCAUCCCUGGAGGGGAGCUCGGCCCCACUAUGAAGCUGAGGAGACCCAUUGUUCUCAACAUGUACCUGGACAAAAUCGAUGAGAUGUACGCCGAGGAGAAAAAAUAGCCACAGAAGAGCUCCAGCAAAUGUGGAAUUGAAGAAGAAAUGGACAAGUUUGUAGCUGAAAAGAAAAAGCUCCUCAUGAUUUUUGUUGUUCUUCUGGAACAUUCUUUAAGCUCGUCUUAAAUAUAUUUACUAUGCACUUUUUGUAAAUAAAACCAGCCAAUAACGGCUACAGUGCAACACGAUAGGGCAAGGCUCACUUGUCAACAUAUUAAGAACACCACUUAUGGUAACGUUAAAUAAAUCAUCAACAUACUCUUUGUAUGAUAAAUGUCAUAAAAACACAAUCAAAGUCCUCAUGAAGGGUUUAUUUUGGGAUUAUAUUAGCCUCAUAAAUUGGCUGGUGAGAGACUGCAUGAUCAAUAAUCUUGCAAAAUUUAAACUCAGAUGUCAGAUUUUUUUACAGGAUCCCCAAAUGUCAGAAUAAACUGCUCUAAGCUACUUUAAUCAUCACUAAGCAGUUGCACAAUUUCAUAACAAAUAUCUAUAAUUAUUAUUAUUUUCCAUGUACAGUAUAUGUCAUCAUCAUGGCAAUGUAUCUUUAAUGUUGUUUUUUUUUCUCCUGUAAGGACUCCUAUAUAGGAGUAAAUGUCUAUUUUUGUGAUAAAUAUAUUGCAUCUAACAGAA